AUGCAGUCAGUUCUUGGGGCAACAGUACAUAAAGCCGGAGUGGCUGUGUCUUCAGUCAUGCCAUCCAACAAGAAGAUCGCGGAUAUGCAGCCGGAAAUCAGAGAACCCAACGCAAAGGAAUCUCUUACCAGUGACUUCGGUGUCAAAUCGAGUACGCACGAUAACUGGUUAUCUGCUUCAAAUGAAGACCGCCAGGGUCCGUUACUGCUAGAAGAUAACUUCGGUAGAGAAAAGAUCAUGAAGUUUGAUCAUGAGCGUAUUCCAGAACGAGUUGUGCAUGCACGUGGUGCAGGAGCUUUUGGUACCUUCAAGGUCUACGAAAGUGCUGAUGAUGUUACGAAUGCCGGUGUUCUUACAGAUACUUCACGCACUACACCAGUCUUCGUCCGCUUCUCGACAGUUCUAGGUUCCCGUGGAAGUGCUGACACGGUCAGAGAUGUACGAGGUUUCGCAGUCAAGUUCUAUACUGAUGAGGGUAAUUGGGAUAUUGUUGGAAAUGAUAUUCCCGUUUUUUUCAUUCAAGACGCUAUUAAAUUUCCAGAUGUCAUUCAUGCCGGAAAGCCUGAACCGGACAAUGAAAUUCCUCAAGCACAAUCUGCACACAACAACUUCUGGGAUUUCCAAUUCCUACACACCGAAGCUACCCACAUGUUUAUGUGGGCUAUGAGUGAUCGAGGUAUUCCAAGAUCUUACCGUAUGAUGCAAGGUUUUGGAGUGAACACAUAUACUCUGACAAAUGCCGAAGGCAAACGAUCAUUCGUGAAGUUCCACUUUACCCCAACUCUAGGUGUCCAUUCUCUCGUUUGGGAUGAGGCAUUGAAGAUCGCUGGUCAAGAUCCAGAUUUCCACCGCAAAGAUCUCUGGACUGCUAUUGAGAGUGGAUGUUAUCCUAUAUGGAAGUUCGGAAUACAGAUUUGUGAGGAAAGUCGUCAAGAUGAAUUUGACUUCGAUAUCUUGGAUGCGACUAAGGUUUGGCCUGAAGAUAUUCUUCCAGUUAGGUAUGUUGGAGAAAUGGAGCUCAACAAGAACGUUGAUGAGUUUUUCACACAAACUGAGCAAGUCGCUUUCUGCACUGCUCAUCUUGUGCCGGGCAUUGGCUUCUCCGAUGAUCCACUACUCCAAGGCCGCAACUUCUCUUACUUCGAUACUCAACUGUCCCGCCUAGGUGUCAACUGGCAGGAGUUACCUGUAAAUCGACCACUGUGUCCUGUUAUGAAUAACCACCGCGAUGGUCAAAUGCGACAUCGAAUCACCAAGGGCAAGAUAAAUUACUGGCCCAAUCGGGAGAGUUUUGUUCCUCCAAGCAAGCAAUCGGAGGGUGCCUAUUACGAGUACCCUGAGAAAAUCGCAGGCAUGAAACAACGUCUCAACUCCACAAAAUUUAAGGAGCAUUUCUCCCAAGCUCAAUUGUUUUGGAACUCGGUUUCUGAAAUCGAAAAGUCCCACAUCAUCAAUGCUCUAAGCUUCGAACUCGACCACUGCGACGAUUCUAUCGUAUAUGAGCGUAUGAUUGAGCGACUAACCGAUAUUGACCUCGAGCUCGCACAAGCUGUAGCCGAGAGAGCUGGUGCACCUACACCCACCAAAGCAGGACGUCCAAAUCACGGGAAAAAGGCAAAAGGUUUAUCGCAAUUCGACUUCACCCCCGAAGCUCUAGGACUACCACCCACCAUUGCCUCUCGUAUGGUCGCCAUAAUCAUUGCCGACGGUUUCAACUUCCUCGAAUACCAAGCCGUCAAAGGUGCGUUGACCGCAGCCGGCGCUCUCCCAUUUACCAUCGGUCCCAAGAGACAACCAAUCAAGAGUUCCGGCGGCAAGAGCGUAAGUGCAGAUCACCACUUCGAAGGCAUGAGAAGUACAAUGUUCGACUCCAUUUAUAUUCCCGGUGGCGAACACGUCUCGGCCUUACUCAAACAAGGACGAGUAAUCCAUUGGGUUCGCGAAGCAUUCGGCCAUUGCAAAGCUAUCGGCGCUACAGGCGAAGGAGUCAAGCUCGUACAAGUUGCAUGUGCGGUUGAUGGUAUGACCUUUAGUACCAAUGGUGACGUGGUGGAUUCGUAUGGUGUUGUGACGGCGGAGGGAGUCGGUAAGGUUGAAGAGGGCAUUAAUAUGCUGAAGGGAGCGAAGAAUUUCUUGGAUGCGUAUAUGUAUAAUAUUUCGCAGCACAGGAAUUUUAAGCGGGAAUUGGAUGGUUUGACUAGUAUGGUUGCUUACUAA